CAACCGGAGCUCCACCCUGGUCCCCCCACAACCAGGCGAGCCAGGAGAAGAGGGGGCCCGACCGUUCGCCAUGCGUGGAAAGGACUGCUCAGGUAAUCCAGACCGCAGUCCGCCCUCCAGGUCCUACGACUGCACUGAGUGCGGCAAGGCCUUCAGCCGUAGCUCGUCGCUGAUGAAGCACCAGCGGGUCCACACCGGGGAGAAGCCCUUCGCGUGCGCCGUGUGCGGGAAGCAGUUCCUCGAGCGGUCGUCCCUCACCAUCCACCAGCGGGUCCACACCGGGGAGAAGCCCUACGCGUGCGGGGACUGCGGCAAGGCCUUCAGCCAGCGCAUGAACCUCAUCGUGCACCAGAGGACGCACACCGGGGAGAAGCCGUACGCGUGCGGCGAGUGCGGGAAGGCCUUCCGGAAGACCUCCUCGCUCGCCCAGCACGAGAGGACCCACACCGGGGAGAAGCCCUACGCGUGCGGGGACUGCGGCAAGGCCUUCAGCCAGAACAUGCACCUCGUCGUGCACCAGAGGACGCACACCGGGGAGAAGCCGUACGUGUGCGGGGACUGCGGGCGCGCCUUCAGCCAGAACAUGCACCUGACGGAGCACCAGCGCACCCACACCGGCGAGAAGCCCUACGCGUGCGGGGACUGCGGCAAGGCCUUCAACAAGAGCUCCUCCCUCACGCUGCACCGGCGCAGCCACACGGGCGAGAAGCCCUACGUGUGCAGCGCGUGCGGCAAGGCCUUCAGCCAGAGCUCCUACCUCAUCCAGCACCAGCGCUUCCACCGCGGCGUGAAGCCCUUCGAGUGCAGCGCGUGCGGCAAGGCCUUCAGCAAGAACUCGUCGCUCACGCAGCACCGGCGCGUCCACACCGGCGAGAAGCCCUACGAGUGCCCCGUCUGCAGGAAGCACUUCGCGGGGCGCUCGUCGCUCGUCGUGCACCAGCUCGGCCACACGGGCGAGAAGCCCUACCGCUGCGGCGAGUGCGGCAAGGCCUUCAGCCAGAGCGCGUACCUCAUCGAGCACCAGCGCAUCCACACGGGCGAGAAGCCCUACCGCUGCGGCCAGUGCGGCAAGGCCUUCAUCAAGAACUCGUCGCUCACGGUGCACCGGCGGAUCCACACCGGGGAGAAGCCCUACCGCUGCGGCCAGUGCGGCAGGACCUUCAGCCGCAACACCAACCUCACGCGCCACCUGCGGAUCCACACCUAGGGGCGGG